AUGGCGAGCAGCGACGGCAACCCCACCACCGAGAGCUUCGGCUCCGAGGAGGAGGAGGAGACCCGGGGGCUGGAGACCGAGGAGGAGUCGGAGGGCGAGGAGGACGAGACGGCCGCGGAGUCGGAAGACGAGCCCGACGCCAGGUUUUCAGACCAGGAUGAAGAGGGCAAGAUCAAGGAGAAGUGCAUUAUUUCUGACCCCUCCUUUUCCAUGGUGACAGUUCAACGGGAAGACAGUGGAAUAACCUGGGAGACCAAUUCAAGUCGGUCAUCUACUCCCGUGGCCUCGGAAGAAAGUCAGACUUCUGGUGUGUGUAGUCUGGAAGGGUCCACUGUGAACUCUCCUCCAGGGAAUGUUUCAUUUAUUGUGGAUGAAGUGAAAAAGUCUCAGAAAAGAACUCAUAAGUCAAAACAUGGCUCACCAUCCUUGCGUCGGAAGGGCAUAAAAAAGAGACAUUCUUUAGAAGCCCAAGAAGAAAUUCCAGUAAACAAAAAUGACAAUUCCUUGACUUCCGAAAAUAAAGCCUUAAAAAUCGAGAAAGAAAAGUCAUCUAUUGGCAUUUAUGAUAAAAUGAGAAAAAAGAAAACUGCCUCAAACACACCACCUAUUACCGGGGCAAUAUACAAAGAACACAAGCCAUUAGUGUUAAGGCCUGUCUACAUAGGGACAGUUCAGUAUAAAAUUAAGAUGUUUAAUUCAGUUAAGGAAGAAUUAGUUCCUCUGCAGUUUUAUGGAACAUUGCCCAAAGGUUAUGUAAUUAAAGAAAUACAUUAUAGAAAAGGGAAAGAUGCAUCCAUUAGUCUAGAGCCAGAUUUAGGCAAUAGCAGUUCUAAUAUAGGUUCCAAAAUGGCCAAAUUAGCAACUCAUAGUAUAAAAGAAGAUAAAGAACAAGAGCUUACUCCAUCUUGGAGAGAUGCACUCUCCAAAAGAUCGACUUUUACCUCUUCGUUCAGUCAUGAAGAUCAAAAGAAAAGUCAUGUUGGUUCCCCCCAAAAUGUCAUAUCAGUACCUAGGGAUACAGUUUCCUCUUAUUCAAGUAAUGACAUGAUAGAACAAAAAGCACAGCUCAGCUCUCCACAGCUGGUGCCACAACUGCCAGGGGAUGCAGCAGAAACCCACGAAAUAGAGCCUUCUUCCUCUGUUACACCUGUUGCGUCUCCAACUGUGUUAUUGGAAACAGCAAAGGAAGGUUUUGAGCCUGAUUCACAUGAAACUGUGAUUACAGAGAAUGCUGAUUCAGUCUCACCAUUUUUAGCUGAUGAGCUAAAGAAAGAAGAAAUGUAUUCUGCUGACCACUUCAUUUCCCUAGAGACAGAGAAAGAGUCUCUGGAAGCACCAUGCCUGGAAGCAUCCAUUCAGGAAAGUGCUGGCACAGGGAAAGACCAGCUGGACUUGACUUCCUUAGAAAUGGCAGAACCAGUCACUGAACAAGUGGCCCCUCUUCAUCAUGAAGUUGAAGAAGGUAAGAAAGAAAACAUACCUGAGCCAACCAUUCCUCUUCCUGAACCUCUAGUGUCAGGAGAACCAGAGAAAAAAUUGUUAGAAAGUCCCCUACCGAUGGCUGCUCUCCCUGAAUCCGAAGAUUCUAAUUUUGUAGAAGAAGAAAUCGUAGAGCUUGGUUAUCCAGAAAGUCCUUUGGUUUCUGAGGAGUCAUUUCCACCACGAAUGGCUCCUGAAUUGGAGGAAGAAGGGGAGUUCCUCUCACCAUCGGUAACAGCAUCGACACCUGAACAAGUAGUGUUCUCUGAGGAAGAAAGAGAGGAAAAUGAAUCUGUGUCUACUGACUCUGCUUUUGUAUCAGAGCAUUCAGUCCCUCAGGAUGUGAGUCAUAAACUAGAGAAGAAAGAAAGUGAGUCAGUGGCUCCAUCCUUUGUAAAAGGUAGAUCUGAACGUGCAGUUUUGUCAGAGGAAGAAAUUGAGGAUGUUGUGUCUUCUUCCCCAGCCUCAGAAUCUGUGUCUGAAUACUCUUUCACACCAUCCAUGACUGAGAAGAUUUCUGAAGCCCAGUCUCCACUGUUUUCCAUGGUCACACCAGAGCAGAUGGUCCUAUCAGGAGAAGAGGCAUCAGAAAGUGAGUGUCGCACACCAGAUUCUAUAUCUGCUCCUGACUUUUCCGUUCCACCUCAUGCACUGAGAGAGUCACAGAAGAUAGCAGUUGACAAAAAGACCUCCUUAAAGUCAAAAGAUCUUUCUGAGCACACAGAUCUGUCAGAAGAAGAGAAGGAGGACAUAAACUUGGGCAAAGAGGAUAUAGGUAGUCAAUUUAUAUCAGAUUCAACUAAGAUUUCCCAAGAUGCAGUUUCACCAAGUGAAACAAAGGAGUCUCAAAAGAAAGUAAUUGAUGAUAUAUCUCAAUUAAAAUCAAAAGGUGUUUCUGAGCCUACAGUUCUGUUAGAAGAAGAGAAGGAAGCCAUUGGCUCAGAUGAAGCGGACCUAAGUGAGCAGGUCUCAUCAGACUCCACGAUGGCUUCCAAAUACGCAGUUCCACCAAAUGAAAUAGCAGAAUCUCAAAAGAAAGAAAUUGGUGAUAUUUCCCAAUUCAAAUCAAAAGGUGUUUCUGAGCCUAUAAAUCUUUCAGAGGAGGAGAAAAAGGACUCUAGACUGUUUUCUCCAGAUGUGACUCCUGUAUCUAAAAAUUCCCUCCCUUCACACACAUCUGAAACAACUUCUGAAUGCCAAUCGCCACCGCUUUCAACUACCCCAUCUGAACGCAUGGUCCUCUCAGAGGAGGAAGCAGAGGAAAUGGAGAGGUACACGCCCUCAUCCAUCCCUGCUUCUGAACUUUCAGUGUCACCACAUGCAGUUCAGGAGUCACAGAAGGAAGACAUUUCCCACAGGCCCUCUUUAAAAGGGGCUUCCUCUCCCAUGAAUUUACCAGAAGAAGAACAAGAAGACAUUGGGCCUUUUUCUCCAGAUUCUGCAUUUGCAUCAGAAUUUUCAUUCCCACCAUAUGCAACUCCAGAAGCAGAGAAAAGAGAAUUUGAGCGUGAUUCUCCAAUAUAUUUAACGUCACCAUCUGAUCAUACUUUUUUGUCAGAUGAAGACACUGAAGAAGCUGAACUGUUUUCUCCAGACUCAGCAUCCCAAGUUUCAAUCCCACCAUAUAGAGUCCCAGAAACAAAGGAGAAUGAGGUUGAGCCUGAUUCACUGUUGAAUGCAGUGUCUGCCUUAGAACACUCCUAUUUCCCAGAUGAGGAAGAAAUUGGAUCUACAGCUUCUACACCUGUACCCGAGGAUUUCAGUUUGUCACAGAAACAAAAAGAUGAACCUUCCUCUGUGAUGUCUGUACAGGGAGACUUGAGUCUGCCACCUUUAGCAAAUAAAGCAGAGAAUGUAGAAACGAAGUCAGAUGCUCAGACAACCUCAACAUCUGUCUCUGAAUAUCUUAUUUUGUCCCAGAAGCAGAAAACUAGAGCAACGUUGGCUCCUGAGUCUGAAGACUUGACUUCUUCACAUUUAACUAAUGAAGCAGAGAAGGGAGAAAUGAAGAUGGGUUCAUCAGUGUCUACACCACCUGCUUCUGUACCUGAAAAACCAUCCAUGGGAAAAGAAGAUGCCAAACUUGGUUUGCCUGCAUCUCAGGACUCAUCAUCACUUGACUCAGUCCAUGCAGUUAAGAAAGAACAGGAGCCCGAGGCGUCAUUCACUCUCAAAGCUGCAAAUGAACAGAUGGAUUUGUCAAAAGUCAGGAAGGAAGAAACUGUGCCUGAUUCACAAUCAGCUACAGCUCAUGCAUCUCAGGAUCAAAAAAUGGAGCCUCAGUUCCCAACUGUUCCAGGGCCCGGGAUGAAAUAUUCAGCUACUCCUGACUUGGUAGAUGAGUCAAAGAAGAGUGUUAAGCCCAAUUUAGCUCUCACUGUGACAUCUGAAGUGGAAAAGAGAAUGUCAAAGAGUGAGUCUGAAGUAAUAACACCACAGUCCACUCUGAAGGAAACAGUUUCAUCCAGACCUGAGGUUUCAUCGACAAUGACAAAACAAGUUAAACAGGACUCUCAAAUAACAGUUCCACCUAGGGUUUCACGUUCAUCCUCCUCAGAGGUGGCAAAGGAAGUUGAGCGUGGUCCACUUGUACCACCAUUCUCAGCACCCCCAGAAGAAAUAAAGAAGGAAGUCGAACCCACUUCUUCCACAACCCCAUCUAUAAGUAAGAGUGACUCGCGUUUAAUCAAAUUAGCAAAAGAAGACAUCCCACCAGACUCACCACUUCCCACUCCCUUGGAACGAUCAGUCUCAGAAGAAAGAGCCAGUGAAUUAGGAGUUGGCUUGCCACCACUUAUAACAUCUCUAGACAAGCAUGUAGUUCCUAAAGAAGAAGAAAAAAUAACAGUUAAAGGUGCUCCUUCUCCCACGGAAACAACCACAGCUAAAUGUUGGUCAGAAGCAGAGAAAGAAAUUGAAUUUGAUUUGCCUCCCAGUGUGGCCUCUGAAUUAGAGCACUCUACAUUAUCAAAAGUGGAAACUGAAGAAAUUAGCCCUGGGCUGCCAGUUACCAAAACAUCUUCAGUGCAUUCAGAUGUGUCUAAGGAAGUAAGGAUAGAAAAGGAACAAGGUCUUUCAUUUUCUUCACUCCUUGACUCUGAGAAGUUGAUUUCAUCACAGAAAAAGAACUCUGUGCUUUCCUCAGAGGUGUCAGAACCGGAAACAUGGCUUUCCACCAAAGAUGGUGCGAUAAAGAAGAAAGAAAACGAGCUGCCUUUGUUACAAAAUGUGUCACCUGCACCCAGACAGACAGUUCCAACAGGCAAACAUGAGGAGGCACCAUGCUCUCCUAAGCUGGAAAAUUUAGUGCCAGAAGAUUUAGCACCAACAUAUACUACAACACCUGAAAUUUCAAAUAGUUACUCACAGCUAGGAGAAGAACCUCAGAAUAAAGAAAUCAAACCAUUCUCCCCCCAGGAAGUUAGCUUAGGGCCAAAAGAAGCAUCUACCCCUCUGGCUGAAGGAGAAAAUCUAGAACAACUUCAACCAUAUACAUUUUCUUUUAAAGGAUUAUCAGAAGAGUUGAGCAAUUCUGCUGACUUUAAAAUGGAAGAAAAGCAGGAAAUAGGCCCAUUACCACCAAAAGCAAAUGUCAAGUCACAAGUGAUGGAAAAUCUUUUAACUAAAUUGAAUGAAGGAACUGGCCAACCAGAGCCGCCCCAUGUACCCCAGAGUAGAACAGAACCAUCAAAGAUACCCUCUUCUGAGCUCCUUGUGGAACAAAAGAAGCCUGGAAAAACACUUUGUUCAGAUAAAGCUGUCAAACUACCUGAUGUAAGCGGCUCUUUAGCAGAUAAGCAAGAUUUGAGUUCUUCUGUGAAAGAACAUUUGUCUUUGGAAGAAUCAAAAUCUUUUGAGAAAACUGAGUUGACAGAUAUUAAAGAAACAAAAGAGAAAGAACCCACUGUUUCUCCAAAGGAUGAAAACGGGAUGUUGGAAAAGCCAGAGAGAGAUUUGGCCAGUCCCCAUGAAGAGAGAAUGCUGGGACACGUGCAGCUGGGUCCCUCUGGCAACAGUGAUCUGGUGACAGAACAGCUUAAGGCUGUGUUGUCAGAAGAAGAGUCUAAGCGAGAAAGCAGAGAGCAGGUCCUGCCCCAACCUGCGAAAGAACCUCACUUAUCCUUACAAGAAUUAGUGUCUACUCCAGACAGCUCCAGUGGUGGUGUCGAGACACCCUCCCCUAAAACGGGCUCUUCUGAUGAAAGAAAACCAACACAAGGACCAAAAUCUAUUUUCCCAGCUGGAAAUGUGGAGAGAAAUACAGCUGAGGGAAAGCUGGUCCCUUCUUUUGUGGGGGGUGAAAAAGUGAUAUUAGAGAAAGCAACUGCAGACUUCUCCAGGCCUGACAAAGAAGAGAGGUGGGAAGAAGUUAGAGUGCCUUCUGAAAAACUACUUCAGAAACUGGUUCCAGGCCCAUCAGUGGAACUAAGCGAGUUAGAAAGAAUUCCCUCAUCAGCCCAGAUAGCAGAUGCAAAAUCUCCCCUAAAAGAAAAAGAAGCACAAAGGACUACACCUUCUUUACCUGGAGAGAAAUCACUGGAAAAAUCAGAAGUGGUUACCUCAGAGGUUUUAGAUGAUGCUACACCUGCAGUGAAAAUACCCAUGCGAAGAAAACCCCUCUCUUCAAUUCAAGUGCAUGAGGAGCCUCAGCCUCGAGAGUCACCUGAAUUAACACAAAAGCCGCCGGAGCAGCCAAAGGCAGUGGAGCCAGUGCUUCCUGAAGCAAAGGGAAAGAAAGGAAUCUCAUCUCUGAAAUCAUGGAUGUCCAAUUUGCUUUUUGGCUCCAACACCGCAGAUAAUGAAGCUGCUGAAAAAGAAAAUUUGGAAACUCAGCCAAGCCAACCUACUGAAAAAGUAGUGUCUGUGACAGAGUCUAAAGGUACGAUUCCCACCACCCCUGCUGAUUUUAGUGCCCCUGAGAAACUGGCUGAUCAUCCCUUAUCUGAGACAAAGCGUAAAACUGCUGAAGAAUCCAGAGCUGCUUUAUUUAAACCUAGUGAAGGCCAAGGCUUUCAAGAAAAAUCUACAUUUUUAUCAAAUGUAGAUGAUUUACAACGACCAUCCAGCACCAAGGCAGUUAGUGAAGUUUACGGGAAGAAAGAAACUCCAGACUAUUCGGGGAAAAUGGACCUAAACUCAGAAGUUGCUCCUACUAAUGGUGGAAUUGAACCCCCUUCGCUCCUGGGUGAGAAGUCAGUCCUGAAAGAAGUCCAACAUGGAGUUCCUGUUCCCACCACUGAGAGUAAAACACCUCAGAUGCCAGCAAUCUCUCCUCCUUCUGCAUGGAAUGUUUCUAUUCUUAUGAAAGAGUCAAGAAGUGAUCAAAUAGAAAAUUCACUCUUUUCACUUAAUGCAGAUGAUAAGGUGCCACAACAGCCCAAAAUGACUUCAUCCCAUUUUGCAAAUGAAAGUAUCACAAAGGAAUCAGAGAAGUCAGAGUCAGUAUUGUUGCCGGUAAAAGAAGCCAAAGGUAGUUUAAUUGAGCUUGGUGAAGACAGAGGAAAGAAAGAGAUUCCAAAGCCUACUCCCUUGAAUAUUUCAGAAGAAAAUAACAAGCUUGUGUCUGUUAGCCUAACUGAGGAGAAAGAGAACAUUGAAACCAGAUCACGUUCCUUGGCAGCAAAGAAGGUACUGGCUGGAAAACAAGAAAUUCUGGCCCCAUUAGAGCUUAGUGAUAAUAACGGAAUACAAGAGGCACCAAGUAUACAUGAACGUAGUUCUAUUAAAGUAGAAGAAUUGAGUCAAGAUAGGCACACAGUUCAUACAAUUCAGACAUCUAAAGAUCAUCUGUCUGACUUGCCGAAACAAUCUGGUUCAAAGCACUCUUUGGAGGCUCAGGAAGAUGUCCACCUAAAUAAGCCAUGCUGUUCAGAGAGCAGCAACUAUACUCAAUUUAUAAUGAAUGCUUCACCGCUAAAAAGUGAGAAAACAGUUCUCACCAAAGAAAUAUCUGUGGAGCCCAAAGACACAUGUGCAACAGAUGAAUUUACAGUUACUAGUAAACCAGCUGGACUUUCUGAAGAGCAAAAGAGUGCCUUCAGUAUCAUUUCUGAAGGAUGUGAGAUAUUGAAUAUUCAUGCUCCUGCUUUCAUUUCUUCCAUUGAUCAGGAGGAAAGUGAGCAAAUGCCAGAUAAGUUAGAAUAUUUGCAGGAGACAUCCUCACUUAAAACCAGACCAACUCAUGAAGACAGUGAGGCACGUCUUUGCCAUGAAACAUUAAAGAACAAGUUAGAAGAUUCUGAUGAAAAAGUUCCAUUAUUGAAAGAAAAGAAACAAAAGGAAGCUCAUAAAACAAAAGAAGAAUUACCCACAGAUUCAGAAAAUACUGAGUUAUCCUUUAUGAAGCCCACUGUUCCCAGUGAAGAGGAUUAUUUUGAAAAAUAUACUUUGAUUGAUUAUAACAUCGCCCCAGACCCAGAAAAACAUAAGUUUCCACAGAAAUUAUGGGUUGAAGAAGAAUUCUCAAAGGGAGUUUCAGAAGAAACUAUUACUGUCCCAGAAACUUCAGUGGAUAGUGCUGUGGAACAUGAAUUUGACUUGGUGAAAUUGGAUGAAAGCUUUUAUGGACCAGAAAAGGACUACAGUGAGUUAUCUUACCUGGAGACCCAAACAUCUUUGGUUAUCCAAGAAUCAACUGAUAGAGAUGUUCCAAAGGGUGUAAAUAGAGACGUGGACACAAAGUCACCUGGGAUGCCUUUAUUUGAUGCAGAGGAAGGAGUUUUGUCACGAACACGGAUAUUUACAACCAGUCCUAAAGAUAUUAAACCAGAACAUUUGGAGGAGCCACCUGCACUAGCAUUUCUAUACAAGGAUCUGUAUGAAGAUGCAGUUGGAGAGAAAAAGAAGGAAGAAGGGGCAGUUUCUGAAGAUGACAGUGUGAAGUCUGAGGCAUCCUUUCCAAGCAGAAAUUCUGACACUGAUGACGGAACAGGAAUGUAUUUUGAGAAGUACAUACUCAAAGAUGACAUUCUCCAUGACACAUCUGUAACUCAAAAGGACCAAGGCCAAGGUCUGGAAGGAAAAUCAGUUGGUAAGGGUGAUUCAUACCAACCGAUAGCUGCAGAAGGGGAAAUUUGGGGGAGGCUUGGAACUAUUUUGGGGGAGAGGAGUUUGGAAGAGGAACAGAGAGCUGUUUGCAGCGAAGAAAUCUCAGAAGGCCAUGUGGAGACAGUUGAUGAUGUAGCGAUGCAGAGGAAAGCUCCCAUCAGCGAGGAAGUCAGGGUGGUUACCCAGAAAAUAAGCUACGCAGUUCCAUUUGAAGACACUCAUAAUAUUAUGAAAAGAGUAGAAGAAACUAGUGGUGAGGGUGCCGAAGCAGGAAAUGUAACUCCAGAGGUUGGUCAGAAUGUCCCUGUACAAGUAUCUUUCCCAGAAGAAGAAUUUGCAUCUGGUGCAAUUUGUGUUCAAGAAACAUUGCAAGAAGAGCCUAGAAUAGUCCCACCUGAACCACAUGAAGAUAGACUCUACAAUAGUCCUGUUCAAGAUGACUAUGAAUUUACUGAGUCUCUGAAUUAUGCAGUAGUCACUCACAGCACUGCAUCAGAAGUGUGCUCAGACUCUACACCUGAAGAUGUGCUAUCUCAAGGAAAGCUAUCUUUUGAGCACACCAGUGAAAAUGAAUUUGUAGGGGAGGAGGAGCCAAGUAUGUCUGCUGAACCCACAGAGUUAGACAGAGAGAAGACAGACCAAGAUCAAUUAUCAUCAGAGUUAGUAAUUGAGAAGGCACCAAAUGAACCGAAAAAAUCCCAGAUUGACUCCUAUUGUUACACUUGCAAAAGCCCAAUUUCUGCUAUGGACAAGAUAUUUGGCACCCAUAAAGACCACGAGGUUUCAACGCUUGACACAGCUAUAAGUGCUGUGAAGGUUCAAUUAGCAGAGUUCCUAGAAAAUUUACAAGAGAAAUCCUUAAGGAUUGAAGCUUUUGUCAGUGAGAUAGAAUCAUUUUUUAAUACCAUUGAGGAAAACUGUAGCAAAAAAGAGAAAAGGCUGGAGGAACAGAAUGAGGAGAUGAUGAAGAGGGUCUUAGCACAGUAUGAUGAGAAGGCCCAGAGCUUCGAGGAAGUGAAGAAGAGGAAGAUGGAGUUCCUGCACGACCAGAUGGUCCGCUUUCUGCAGAGCAUGGACACUGCCAAGGACACGCUGGAGACCAUCGUGCGGGAAGCGGAGGAGCUGGACGAGACUGUUUUCCUGACCUCAUUUGAAGAAAUCAAUGAAAGAUUGCUCUCAGCCAUGGAACGCACUGCCUCGCUGGAGAACGUGCCCGCUGCGUUUUCACUUUUUGAACAUUAUGAUGACAGUGCUGCAAGAAGUGGCCAGAUGCUAAAGCAAGUGGCUGUCCCACAGCCGCCUCGAUUAGAACCUCAGGAACCGAAUUCUGCCACGAGCACGACCAUUGCAGUUUAUUGGAGCAUGAAUAAGGAAGAUGUUAUCGACUCCUUCCAGGUUUACUGCAUGGAGGAACCACAAGAUGACCAGGAAGUAAAUGAAUUGGUGGAAGAGUACAGAGUGACAGUGAAAGAAAGCUACUGCAUUUUCGAAGAUUUGGAGCCCGACCGAUGUUACCAAGUGUGGGUAAUGGCUGUGAACUUCACUGGAUGUAGCCUUCCCAGCGAAAGGGCAAUUUUCAGGACAGCCCCCUCCACCCCUGGAAUCCGCACGGAAGACUGCACUGUAUGUUGGAAUACAGCUACCAUCCGGUGGCGACCAGCCAACCCAGAGGCCACAGAGACCUACACGCUAGAGUACUGCAGACAGCACUCUCCCGAGGGUGAGGGUCUCAGAUCUUUCUCUGGAAUUAAAGGACUACAGCUGAAAGUUAACCUCCAACCUAAUGACAAUUAUUUUUUCUACGUGAGAGCCAUCAAUGCCUUUGGGACAAGUGAGCAGAGUGAAGCUGCCCUCAUUUCUACCAGAGGAACCAGAUUUCUAUUGCUGAGAGAAACAGCUCACCCUGCUCUGCAGAUUUCCUCAAAUGGGACAGUGAUCAGCUUUGCUGAAAGAAGACGGCUGACAGAGAUUCCAUCAGUGCUGGGCGAGGAGCUGCCUGCCUGUGGUCAGCAUUACUGGGAAACCACGGUCACAGACUGUCCAGCUUAUCGACUUGGCAUUUGCUCCAGCUCAGCUGUUCAAGCCGGUGCCCUGGGCCAAGGGGAGACUUCAUGGUACAUGCAUUGUUCUGGGCCACAGAGAUACACAUUUUUCUACAGUGGCAUUGUGAGUGACGUUCACGUAACCGAGCGCCCUGGCCGCGUGGGCAUUCUGCUGGACUACAGCAACCAGAGACUUCUGUUCAUAAACGCCGAAAGUGGACAGUUGCUGUUCACCGUCAGGCACAGAUUUAACGAGGGUGUGCACCCUGCUUUUGCCCUGGAGAAACCUGGAAAAUGUACUUUGCACCUGGGGGUCGAGCCCCCAGAUUCUGCACGGCACAAGUAG